AUGCUGCUUCAUUACCAACAUAUUGAUAAAGUAUUCAAGCAUAAGGAACUGCAACAGCAGCUUGUGGAUGCCAAGCUUCAGCAGACAACACAGCUGAUAAAAGAAGCUGAUGAAAAGCAUCAGAGAGAGAGAGAAUUUUUAUUAAAAGAAGCAACAGAAUCAAGGCAAAAAUAUGAAGAAAUGAAACAGCAAGAAGUGCAAUUAAAACAGCAGCUUUCUCUUUAUAUGGACAAGUUUGAAGAAUUCCAGGCUACCAUGGCAAAAAGCAAUGAACUCUUUACAACCUUCAGGCAGGAGAUGGAAAAGAUGACAAAGAAAAUCAAAAAACUGGAAAAAGAGAUGGUAAUAUGGCGUACCAAAUGGGAAAAUAAUAAUAAAGUACUUCUGCAAAUGGCUGAAGAAAAAACUGUCCGUGAUAAAGAUUACAAAUCCUUUCAAAUAAAGCUGGAACGACUAGAGAAGCUGUGCAGAGCUUUACAGAUGGAAAGAAAUGAGCUCAAUGAGAAGGUGGAAGUCCUCAAAGAGCAGGUCUCUAUUAACACAGCAGAUUUAGCAACAGCUGUGAUAGAACCGUGUAGUGCCCUUGCUUUUCAGAAAGAGUUAGACACUUACUCUAAAAAAGGUGGACAAAUCUGCCUAGAGGUUGAGUCUAAGGGAGUAAAUGAAACGAAAAGCAAUUCAAAAGAUACUUUUCAUGCAGUGUCUUCGGGGCACUGAUUUCAGUUGACUAAGAUGAAGUAUGAUUACUGGAUUGAGAGAUAUAUUUUGUGUGUAAUUUUUCUGUAGUAGUUCUGUUGCUUUUAAGAUGCAAAUUUUCAUACUUUUUCUACUAUAUCUUGUAUUUUCUUGGAACUACUGACCUUGUGGUAAAGGAAGCUGCUUAGCAGUUCUGCAUUGUUUUAUUGUAUACAUUUUCUGUAGCUGUUUUACACAUAUGCCUUACUUGCCUCUUUAUUGGAAUGUACAUGUUAUUGCCUUGCUGUUUCAAUGUAUGUUUGUGUCCACUGCUUUAUUCUUGUCCUUCCAUAAACUUAACAUAAUUAAUGGUUCUUUGAUAUAAAAACUUAUAGUUUAGUAAACUUCUAGUCCAUCAAUAUAAAAAUGAGGAAAUACAAAGAUGGUUAGUUUGUUUAAAUACCAGGUGAAAAUAAAACUUUAUAUGAAAUAUGAAACAAGCUUGGUACAUUUGGUUUAAAUUAGAUUUUGCUAAUGUUUCCAUUUCUUGACAAAUUGAGAUGACUACCUGUCUUGACUCAAAGUUGUGACAGAAUAUGUGUAUGAAGGUAUCAUUUGUAAAGAAAAAAAUACAUGCAGAGAAGUCACUGGACAAACAGACUUGAACAGAUAUUUAAAACAAAAAAAGUUUUAGAUCUCUACAUUUAGAAUGGGGGAAUUUCUGAACUUUUCAGUUUCAUUCCUUAUUUUGUCUUUACUAUUUUAACGCUUACUCUUGUUUAAAUUCUCUCACAAUUAUGAUCUAAAGUAUGUUCAAAAUUAUCUCAUAAGAGCCCAGAGUAUGAAAUACUUACAAACUUCCACUACUGGUCGUGAUAAUAAUCAGGGGGCCAAGCGAUAAAGAAAAAGAAAUUUGUAUGAAAUCUCUCAGAGUUAUUUCAACAUUUUGCCAUAAAUAGCAGAACCAAACCAGCCUUUCUAACAAAUCUUAAAAGUAAUUCUUGCAGCUAGUGAAUGAAAUAGUACAACUGCUACUUUGAAAACUAGUCAGAAAUGUACUUUUCCCCAAAAUUCACUUAAAUUUAGUUAAUAAUAAUUUAAAUUAAUUUGAAAUUUUGUACACUAGACAUUUCACUGCAUGUAAGCUAUUAUUGUUUCAUCAUGUUAUGUCACUCACUACACUUGCUUAUGGGACAUGUAUUCUAUAGCAGGUAAGCCUUGAGCUAAAAACAAGUGCUGUUAACCAACAGCACUUAUUCUGCUAUUUUUGGAUAUAUGAUAUAUGUAAAAUAUUACCAUGUGGAAUAAUAUGUUAAAAAGAUCUGGAUUCUAUUUAGGAAGCAUACCUUUCAGAAAUUUUUCUCUGGUUAUUUAGUGAGGAACAAAAAUAGAGACCUGUGAAAGUGUUCCCCUUUUCAGUGACUCUGUAGCAAGCCUAACAUCUAUUGUAUUCUGGAACAAGAGCUGGCAAACCAUAUCAAUUUUGGCUAGGGCUGCUUUAUAAUUAUGAAGUUGAGCAAUUCCUAAAUACAUACUGACCAUUGUUUGUCAACAUUUAAUUUGCCUAGGAGAAUUUAAAUGUCACAGUCACUUAAACUGUAUAUGUAUGCCAUUUUGUAGUGCUUUCUAGAGUUUAUAAUGGCCAUCUAUUACAAGAUAUAGCAAAAGGGUAGCUUUAACAAACAAUUUCAUUGUCAGGUAUAUAGGGGUACAUUUAAUAAUUUUUUUAUGUAUAAGGAUGUCUUAUACUUGGUUAUCACAGUUCAAAUCUCAGGUGUUACCAAAAUAUCUACCUCUACCCAUGCUGUAAAUAAAGAGAACUGAAUGAAGAAUGCAGUGACAAAUUAAUAUUGGUUUAUUUUUACAGCUCACAUCUUUCAUGAAGUUACACAAUUGAUGAGGCAAUCUUGCUUUUCAAAUAUAUUUUGUAGUACUCUCACUAAUGUGAAUCUGCUUUUAUCUACUCUGUUAAGGUUAAGUAAA